UUGACCAGGUCCAAAGGAAGCACAGCAUACUUGCUCGAUGUUGGGUCUAUAAAGGUUCCCGUAUAUUGUCACAUGACCACGCAUGGACUUGACGCAUGCGGAGGAGGUGGAUGGACGCUGGUCAUGAAGAUCGAUGGCUCAAAGGUAUAAGAUAUAUGUUUCCAAAAGUUAGUAACUAUGUCGGUCCGAAAAAGCUUAAUCCCCCUAAAAAGGUGAACUUAUAAUGCUAGAGGAAAUUCAAGAAGUCCAGUGCUUAUUUGUUGAAAGCUAGUGACGAAAUGAUACAUUCAGAUUAAGACAAAGCAUGAGAAAAGACAUGACAGCAGUAAUAGACUUGGCGAUGACACGUGGCUUUCAAACCAUAAUUUCUCAAACAGAGACACCAGCAAAAUGAUUAACUAAUCUUUGUUUUAAACGCACUCAGAGAACCUUUCACUACAAUUCCAACCUCUGGAGCAACAAAUUCGACUUCAAUCUUCCAGGAGGGAAGACUGGGUUGGACACUCACGAGACCAAGUUACCGACUUAUUGGAACACAGCGUUUAACAAGAUCUGUCUUGGAAUGAAGAUCGGUCGGCAGUUUAAGUCUGUUGUCAUCAAUCAUCCAGCCAGAUCACUGUAUUCACUGAUCGCCGAUGGCAAAUACCGAGCUUCUUCACUGGGCCGUAACACUUGGAAGAAGCUCAUUGGGUCUCGGGCCUCUUUACAACCCAACUGUAACAAGGAAGGAUUCAACACACUGUGUGGUAGUGGUAGCAGAGCGAGAAUUGGUAUCGUUGGCAACAACGAGAAUGAUUGUAGCAGCUGUGACUCCAGGAUCGGGUUUGGAAAAGCAGGGUACCAUGAUAACUCCAACACGUGUGGCAACGAAGCUCUCGAAGGAGAUAAUGGCGGGCAGCACAUCAAAGCGAUGGGAUAUAUUUUAGUCCAAUAA